AUGGCAUCUAAAGCGAGUGGUAAAGCCGUUAAGAAAGCUGGUAAAGCCCAGAAAAACGUCGCUAAGACCGACAAGAAGAAGAGACGGAAGACGAAGGAAAGUUACGCUAUCUACAUCUACAAAGUCUUGAAACAGGUCUACCCUGAUACAGGAGUCUCUAGCAAGGCAAUGAUCAUCAUGAACAGCUUCGUUAACAAUUAA